AGGCGCACAGAACGAUCCCACUGAAACCGGAAACACACAGAGAGAGAGAGAGAGAUCCCAGAGCCAGAGCCGGACAGAGACCCAGCGGGACAGAGACCCAGCCACUGAGGGACCCACCGGGAGAUGCCUGUCCCCACCGUGAGGGUGAUCCACUGACGCAGUUAAAUCUCGAGCUCGGUGGGCAGUACAUUGAUCCAGUCUACAGUUUCCCCAGUUGUGGGGAGUCCCAUUGUGUCGGUACAAACUACAGGGGAUUGAGAGAGAUGGUGCAGAGCAGCAGCCUCAUUUACCCACUGUCUGGGCACAGCAGUGAGGUAUCAGCCCUGCAGAGAAAGACCACCAUUCCUGAGGACCCCCUACCCCUGAGGAUGGAAGCCUUGCCAGUUCACCUGGUCAUUCUCCCUGCAGCCACUGGACAGGUGGCUGGGGGAGGUCAGAGGGACUCGGUGCCCACUUGUACCAAUCCAUACGUCCAGUCAAUUAUUGUACUGAUGGAGCCAGCUGGGCAAUUAGUGGAGGAGGACGAUUGGCUCAGUGACUCAGAGGAUGAUGCUGUGUCCAGUGAGUGGUCUGUCGAUGGUGAAGAUGAUUGUUCUGGUUACGAACAAAGUGACGAAAGUGAAGCUGAUGAGCUUUGGAACUCCUUUUUUGACCAUGACCCUUACAAUCCCAUGAACUUUUCAGCCCUGACCUGGCAGCAGAGCAGAGGAACUAAUAAACAGAAUUAUAAUGACUCAAAACCAUGUGAUGCUCAAGAGGCUGAGAAUAAUACUGACUCAUUUGAUCAAAAUACUGAUCUCUCUAAGUCACGGAGUGUCUCUGUCUGUGCUGCCACAAAUCAAUCCACUGAUAGCAGAGAGAUCAGAGACCAAAGUACUGAGCGACUAGAGGAGGUGGAUGUACCUAGUCCUGGUUCAAAACCACUCCAACUUGACAAUGAAGACUGUUCCAUCCCAAGUGUGAAACCAAAAACAUCCAAGUCAGAUGGAAAAACUGUCAAAAAGGUUCGAUUCUCUCCUGUGGUAACAGUGCAUUCAAUGAUUGCAUGGGAUUUUGCCUAUCGAGCUGCUCGAAAGGGUCCUUGGGAACAGUAUGCACGGGACCGCAGUAGAUUCCAGCGUAGGAUUGCUGAAGCAGAGGCCGUGAUCAGCCCCUGUUUCAAUCCGGAUCACAGGAACUGUGUGUGGAAUAAGCUAGCUGGAGUUUAAACAUUCCUGUGGAAAAAGCCCAAACUGUGCUAAACAGGAAGGAAGUACCAAAGUUAAACACUGACAAAUAUCCUCCUUGUCUGUGUUGAAACUGUGCACUGAGAUACCAGUCAAUGGAAAUCUGACUUUACUAAGUUAAUUAUUUAUAAAAACACUGCCAAUGCAAAAUAAUAUUUCAUGAUGGCUUUUUAUAUAGUCAGUAGUUUUGUGGCCCUGUGCUUACAAAUGUCACUGGAUAAAGAUUGUUUAUUUUAAAAAAUUAAAUAUUGUACUUAACUGA